AUGAGACCCAUUUUGCUUUCGGGACAUGAACGGUCCCUGACCCAGAUUAAAUUCAACCGCGAUGGCGAUCUCCUUUUCUCCGUGUCCAAGGAUAAGAUUGUGUGUGCGUGGUGGACGGCCAACGGCGAGCGACUCGGUACCUACAACGGACAUCUGGGUGCCGUCUGGACGGUGGACGUGAGUCCCAACACGGUCCUCCUGGCGACCGGUUCGGCAGACAACUCCGUGCGACUAUGGAACGUGAAGACCGGCGAGUGUGUGAAGGUGUGGGAAUUCCCGACGGCCGUCAAGCGCGUCGAAUUCAGCCCCGAUGGAUCCCAGCUGUUGGCCGUGACGGAGAAGCGUAUGGGCUUUUUGGGUGCUAUCAGCGUGCUGGACAUCAGCUACGAGGACAACUUCCAGAACCAGGCCGACGAGCCUAGCCUGCGGAUCACCUGCAACGAGAGCAAGGCGACGGUGGCCGGCUGGAGUUACCUGGGCAAGUACAUCAUUGCUGGACACGAGGACGGAAGUGUCUCCCAGUACGAUGCCAAGACCGGUGAUCAGCUGGAGAACGUCCAGGCCCACGAGUUCGACCACCAGAUCAACGAUAUCCAGUUCUCCGCCGACCGCACCUAUUUCAUCACCGCGUCCAAAGACAAGUCUGCCAAGCUUAUCUCCUCCCGUAACCUCGCCAUCCUCAAGACCUACGUUGCCGAUACCCCUCUCAACAGCGCCACCAUUACCCCCAAGAAGGACUACGUGAUCCUCGGUGGUGGUCAGGCCGCCAUGGAUGUCACCACGACGUCCGCCCGUCAGGGUAAAUUCGAGGCGCGCUUCUACCACAAGGUCUUCGAAGAUGAGAUUGGCCGUGUCCGUGGCCACUUCGGUCCCCUCAACACCGUCGGUGUUCACCCCAACGGUACUGCCUAUGCUUCCGGCGGAGAAGACGGUUACGUGCGUGUGCACCAUUUCGAUAAGCCCUACUUCGAUUUCAUGUACGAGGUCGAGAGAGAGCAGAUGCGGAAAUGA